CUUAAAUACGGCCAGAUUAAACGUCAUUAAAAAAAAAUUAUAUUGUGUCAAAAAUAAAACAAUUUUCAUUAACUUUUGAAACAUUACAUGAAUAUAAAGACAUGAAUAUUUUAAAAAUGCGUUUGCUAGGAAGAACUUCGUUAAAACUGCUUUGUCACAUUCGGUAUUUAUCUAUACAAGCACCUCUGCAAGGACAUAGAUGGUAUCCUGAUGCAGAAUAUGUAAAGCAGUUCAGUGGCCCCGUAAUGUAUCCCACUUCAGAAACAAAUAAAUAUUAUAAGAUGUACUACAAUUCGCAAAUAAGACCUGUAGAGCGCAAAAUUAAAAAUAUGUGGAUAAACUUCGGGCCGCAACACCCCGCUGCUCAUGGCGUGUUACGUCUUAUACUCGAGCUGGACGGAGAAACUGUUGUCAGAGCAGACCCUCACAUAGGAUUUUUACAUAGAGCUACGGAAAAAUUAAUGGAACAUAAACAUUAUAAUCAAAGUUUGCCGUUCAUGGAUCGUCUCGAUUACGUUUCUACUUUGGCUAAUGAAACUGGGUUUGCACUUGCCGUCGAAAAUCUGCUAAAUAUCGAUGCACCACCUAGAGCUAAGGCAAUUCGUGUUCUAUGUAGUGAAUUAUCACGUCUGGCAAAUCAUAUGCUUAAUGUGUCCGGCACUGUACUUGAUGCGGGUGGUAUUACACCAUUUUUCUGGAUGUGCGAAGAAAGAGAAAAAAUCUAUGAAUUAUUCGAAAGACUUUGCGGUGCCCGAGUUCAUUGCGCAUAUAUUCGUCCUGGUGGCGUUUCUCAAGAUAUACCGAUAGGCUUUCUCGAUGACGUUCAUGAGUUUUGUAUGAAGCUGGCAGAACGUUUUGAUGAAACCGAAGACCUUGUUUCUGGAAACAGGUUGUAUUAUGCGAGAACAGCUGGGAUAGGUACUGUGACUGCUCACGAAGCGCUAAGCUUAGGAUUCACCGGUCCUUUGUUACGUAGUACUGGAGUAAAAUGGGAUUUGAGAGUCGCUCUACCCUAUGAUAAUUAUGAUUUAUAUGAUUUCGAUGUACCUGUUGGCACUUUUGGUGAUAGUUACGACCGUCAUCUUCUCCGUUUACAAGAGAUGCGUCAGUCCUUGAGAAUAUUAAAUCAGGUUUUAAAUACGAUGCCGGAAGGAGAAAUUAAGACAGAUGAUUCAAAAAUAUCUCUGCCUUCUCGCAAAGAGAUGAAGACUUCAAUGGAGUCUCUCAUACACCAUUUCAAAUUAUGUUCUGAGGGAUAUCCAGUUCCUCCUGGUGCGACAUAUACGUCGAUCGAAGCUCCCAAAGGUGAAUUAGGAUUGUAUAUGGUGGCAGACGGCACGUCUAAGCCGUACCGUGUAUUCUUAAAAUCUAGUUCUUAUACACAUAUAUUGGGUGUUUCAGUGCUAGGCAAAGGUUUAAUGCUUGCAGAUAUUUCGAUUCUUAUUGCUACGGUUGACAUCGUUUUUGGAGAUGUUGAUCGAUGAUAAUAAAAUCGUUGCUUACAAUUUUUGUAUAAGGACGUAGAUACAGGUGUAUGCUAAUUUCGCGAAAAGUAAAUGUUAUAAUCCUAAAGAAUCUUGAAAAAUAAAUAAGUACGAAUUUA